UGGUACAGCGCUGGUUGGGUGAGGGCUGGAGCACUUCCGGGAGGUCCCAGUCGGACUGUGUACGCUGAGAGGAGUUUGCACGUGCAUCGUCUCAGGGUUCGUUAGAUGGAGAUUGCCCCCAAGCCGGGCAAGGAUGUCCCUCCCAAGAAAGACAAACUUCAGACCAAGAAGAAGAAACCCCGGCGUUACUGGGAGGAAGAAAUCACUCCGACCGCUGCUGGAGCCUCUCCAGGGGCCCCUCGUAACAAGAGGAAUCCAGAGCUCUUCCCCCAGAAGCCAAAGAACACUCACACCCUAAAGAGGUCUCGCAUCUCCAAGAAGCCCCAGUUCCUGAAUAAAUCCCGAGAACGGACGAAACCGAAGCCUCAGCAGAGCUUGUCCGGGGCCCAGGACCCAUUCCCAGGCCCCGCCCCGGUCCCGGUGGAGGUGGCUCAGAAGUUCCGUCGUAUUGACAGAUCCAAAAAGCUGCCACAUUCUAAGUCCAAAACCCGAAGCCGGCUUGAGGUGGCUGAAGCUGAGGAAGAGGAAAUAAGUGUUAAAGCUGCUCGUUCUGAGCUGCUGCUUGCUGAGGAACCUGGGUUUUUGGAAGGUGAGGAUGGGGAAGACACAGCAAAGAUAAGCCAAGCUGACAUUGUGGAGGCUGUGGACAUUGCAAGUGCAGCCAAGCACUUUGACUUGAACUUGUGGCAGUUUGGACCCUACAGGCUGAAUUACUCUCAGACUGGGAGGCACUUGGCUUUUGGAGGGCGCCGGGGUCAUGUGGCUGCCCUUGACUGGGUGACAAAGAGGCUCAUGUGUGAGAUCAAUGUCAUGGAGGCAGUACGGGACAUCCGGUUUCUGCAUUCAGAGGCGCUGCUUGCUGUCGCUCAGAACCGCUGGCUUCACAUCUAUGACAACCAGGGAAUUGAACUCCACUGCAUCCGUCGCUGUGACCGUGUCACACGGCUUGAAUUCCUGCCUUUCCACUUCCUACUGGCCACGUGUUCAGAGACAGGGUUUCUGACCUACCUGGACGUGUCAGUGGGGAAGAUUGUGGCAGCUCUGAAUGCUCGGGCUGGGCGGCUCGAUGUCAUGACCCAGAACCCUUACAAUGCCGUCAUCCAUCUGGGACAUAGCAAUGGUACUGUGUCUUUAUGGAGUCCAGCCAUGAAGGAGCCAUUGGCAAAGAUUCUCUGUCACCGUGGUGGGGUCCGGGCUGUGGCAGUAGAUUCUACAGGCAUGCACAUGGCCACCUCUGGCCUGGACCACCAGCUGAAAAUCUUUGACUUGCGAGGGGCAUACCAGCCUCUGAGUGCUCGGACCCUGCCCCAGGGAGCAGGGCACCUGGCCUUCUCCCAGUGGGGACUGCUCGCUGCAGGAAUGGGUGAUGUGGUCAACAUAUGGGCAGGGCAGGGCAAAGGCAGCCCACCCUCCCUGGAGAAGCCCUACCUCACCCACCGGCUCUCAGGCCAUGUGCACGGCCUUCAGUUCUGCCCCUUUGAAGAUGUGCUGGGGGUGGGCCACAGUGGAGGCAUCACCAGCAUGCUGGUCCCGGGGGCUGCUGAGCCCAACUUUGAUGGCCUGGAGAAUAACCCAUACAGGAGCCGGAAGCAGCGGCAGGAGUGGGAAGUGAAGGCCCUUCUGGAGAAGGUACCUGCAGAGCUCAUUUGUUUGGACCCACGAGCCCUGGCAGAGGUUGAUGUCAUUUCUUUGGAGCAGGAAAAGAAGGAACGGAUAGAGAGGCUGGGCUACGACCCAGAGUCCAAGGCUCCCUUCCAGCCAAAGCCAAAGAAGAAGGGCCGAAGCUCAACAGCAAAUUUGAUGAAGAGGAAGAGGAAGGUCAUGGAGGAGGAACACAGGGACAAAGUCCGGCAAAGCCUUGAGCAGCAGUCACUGAAGAAAGAAAAGGUGGCCAAGCUCGUGGGGACCCGGCCAUCUGCCCUGGACAGAUUUGUGCGCUGAGCCAGGCUCCAGGGUGACCUGAGAACAAUGAUCUCUCCCCAAGAUCUCCUGUGGGGGAAUGACCUUGUUUCUUGGAAUAAGGAGGGGGACAGGUGCCCCUUCCACAGGUGGGAGUGAACAGCUGGUUUGUGGGGUGGGUUGGCAUUAAAGAGGAAGGUGAGCUUUUUGAA